GUGUUUGUGAUGAAAGAAAUGAAAGGAAAAGAAAAGAACAGAAAAGAGAAGAACAGUAAAAAAGAAGAGGCUUACCCUUCCUCCCUCUCUCAAGAUGUUUGAUUCCUUAAGCCCUAAUACACUUGAAGUUUCAAAGCAGAUUCCCUUCACUUUCCCUUACUUUCCCGGGAAAUGUUUUUUUCAUUGGAACACUUAAAUCCUCUUGUCUUUGCUUCAAGUCCUUCCAAAUUCAAUCCAUCUGAAAAAUAUUUUCCUGAGAAAAUAUGGCUCCUCUGUUUGUUUUGACACUGUUCUCUGUUCUAAUAGUUCCCUCUUCCUCUGCUUCUUUGGUUUCUGAUUUUCAUGCUUUGGUUACUCUCAAAAAUGGAUUCCAGUUCCGGGAACCAAUGCUAAGCACAUGGAACGCCUCGAAUCCGAGAUCAGUUUGUUCUUGGACAGGAGUUCAGUGUUCCAGCGGAAGAGUAGUCUCGUUAGACUUGACAGACAUGGGUCUGUACGGCUCUGUUUCGCCAGAAAUUUCGAAACUUGAUGGGCUCACCAACAUCUCUUUGGCUGGAAACAACUUCACCGGUAGCAUUGAGAUAGAGAACUUGUGUGAACUCCAGUUUCUCAACAUUUCAAGCAAUAUGUUCAGUGGAAAACUGGAUUGGAACUACUCAUGUGUCUCAAAUCUAGAAGUGUUGGAUGUUUAUGAUAACAACUUCAAUGGGCUCUUGCCAGAGGGGGUUGCGGAACUGAAGAAGCUCCGGUACUUGGAUCUCGGUGGGAAUUUUUUUUCCGGCCGAAUCCCGCCGAGCUACGGCGGGAUACAAAGGUUGGAAUAUCUUCAGCUGGCAGGAAAUGAUCUUCGUGGGAAAAUUCCUGGUGAGCUGGGGAAUCUUACUAAUCUCAGAGAGCUUUACCUGGGAUACUACAAUGCCUUCGAAGGUGGAAUGCCACCGGAGUUUGGUAAUCUGGUGAAUUUAGUCAUCAUGGAUCUUUCCAGCUGUGAUUUGGACGGUGAGAUUCCACCGGAGCUCGGAAAUUUGAAGUCCCUGGAUACUCUGUACCUGCAUAUCAAUCGACUCUCCGGUCCUGUUCCAAAGCAGUUAGGCAACAUGACGAGCUUGGUGAACCUUGACCUCUCCUACAAUGCACUAACAGGAGAAAUCCCGCCGGAGUUCAUCAACCUGAAGAAGCUAAAGCUCCUCAAUCUCUUCAUGAACAGGCUGCACGGGUCUAUUCCGGACUACGUUUCAGAGUUCCCUGAUUUGGAAACACUGUGCCUGUGGAUGAACAACUUCACUGGCGUCAUACCAGAGAAUCUUGGCCGGAAUGGGAAGCUUCAGGUGCUUGAUUUGUCCUCCAACAAGCUAACCGGAACUAUCCCCCUAGACUUGUGUGCUUCAAAUCAGUUGAGGAUUGUGGUACUGAUGAAGAAUUUCCUCUUCGGAGCAAUACCAGAAGGCCUAGGGACAUGCUAUAGUCUUACCAGGGUGCGGCUGGGGCAGAAUUAUUUGAAUGGAAGCAUUCCCAAUGGGUUCAUUUACUUACCGGAGCUGAAUUUAGCAGAGUUGCAGAACAAUUACCUCACUGGAACUUUACCGGAGAAUGGUAACAGUUCAUCAAAACCUGUUAAUUUAAACCAACUGAAUCUAUCCAACAAUCUCCUUUCCGGUAACUUGCCAAAUUCAAUUUCAAACCUUUCUUCCAUUGAAUUUCUUCUCCUUAGCGGGAACCAAUUUUCAGGUCCAAUCCCACCUUCUAUAGGAGAAUUACGGCAAGUAGUAAAGCUUGAUCUCAGCCGGAAUUCAUUUGCCGGUGCUAUCCCACCGGAAAUUGGAAAUUGUGUCCAUCUUACUUCCCUUGAUAUCAGCCAGAACAAUCUUUCCGGUUCAAUCCCACCCGAGGUUUCCAAUAUCCAUAUACUUAGUUACUUGAAUGUAUCACGAAACCACUUGAAUCAAACCAUACCCAAAACCAUCGGUUCCAUGAAGAGCCUCACCAUUGCCGACUUCUCCUUCAAUGAUUUCUCCGGAAAGGUACCGGAAUCGGGCCAAUUCACCGUCUUCAACGCCUCAUCCUUUGCAGGGAACCCGCAACUCUGUGGUCCUCUGCUCAAUAACCCUUGUAAUUUCUCCUCCAUCACUAGCACCUCCCGAAAGGCCCGAGGAGACUUCAAACUUAUAUUUGCAUUAGGCCUAUUGAUAUGCUCAUUGAUAUUUGCUGCUGCCGCCAUAAUCAAGGCCAAGUCAUUCAAGAAAAUGGGGCCUGAUUCCUGGAAGAUGACUGCAUUUCAAAAGCUCGAAUUCACGGUCUCAGAUGUCCUCGAAUGUGUCAAGGACGGGAAUGAAAUCGGAAGAGGUGGAGCUGGAAUUGUUUACCAUGGAAAAAUGCCAGACGGAAUGGAAAUUGCGGUGAAGAAACUCCUCGGCUUUGGCCCCAACAGCUACGACCGUGGAUUCCGAGCCGAAAUCCAGACACUAGGCAACAUCAGGCACAGGAACAUAGUGAGAUUGUUAGCAUUUUGCUCCAACAAGGAGACCAAUUUCCUAGUAUACGAGUACAUGCGGAACGGCAGCCUAGGGGAGGCAUUACACGGCAAAAAGGGUACAUUUUUGGGUUGGAAUUUGAGGUACAAGAUUGCAAUUGAAGCAGCAAAGGGCUUGUGCUACCUCCACCAUGAUUGUUCACCGUUGAUCGUCCAUCGGGACGUGAAAUCGAACAACAUUUUGUUGGAUUCGAGCUUUGAAGCGCACGUCGCCGACUUCGGACUCGCCAAGUUCUUGAUCGAAGGCGGCGCAUCAGAGUGCAUGUCAGCAAUUGCAGGAUCCUAUGGCUACAUUGCUCCUGAGUAUGCUUAUACAUUGAGGGUAGAUGAGAAAAGUGAUGUGUAUAGUUUUGGAGUUGUACUUUUGGAGCUUGUCACUGGGAGGAAACCUGUUGGUGGUUUUGAUGAAGGUGUAGAUAUUGUUCAAUGGGUGAAGAGGACUACAAAUUGUUGUCGAGAAGACGUUACUCUCAUUGCUGAUCCAAGGCUAGUACUUGUACCUAAAGAUGAAGCAAUGCACUUAUUUUUCAUUGCAAUGCUAUGCAUACAAGAAAAUAGUGUUGAACGUCCCACAAUGAGAGAAGUGGUUCAAAUGCUAUCAGAGUUCCCUCGCCAUUCUCUAGACUCUCAAUCUUCUUCUUCCUCAAUGGUUCAUCUUCAAUCGAAGAAUCUAGAAAAACAAAGGUUGCCUUAAAAAUAAUAAGAUAAUUAUCCUUUUUGAAACUUUUUAUUUUUUUGUUCUUUCCUUUUAUAGAGAUUAUGAAUGAUGUUUGUUUUAGCAUUAGUAUGUGCAUUCAACUGUAAUUUUUUUUUCUUCAUAAUUGUUGAAUGAGAUUUAGGGCAUCGGAGAUUUUGUUGGCAGGAUAGAGUAGGAAUAAAUUGUAGGGCACAUUGCUUUUCGAAAGGUAAAUGUGCCCUUAGGCCGUAGGUAGAGAGAGCACAUUCCAUGCAUCAUAUAUAUCCUAAUGUAAACAUAUGUAAUAUUUGACUGUUGAUUAAAUUUUUCCUUCUUUU